AUGACUCUGUGCUCCAGCUUCCAUGGGCCUGGUUUAGAUGUUGAAGGCUUACAAACAUCAUUGUGCCUUUCAUCACUCUGCCCUCCAAUUUUCCACUUCGCUUACUCACUCAAAGCCCUCCGCCCUCCAAUUUGCAGCCCUUGGUUCCUGCUCUCCGUGGGUGAGGAGUCUGUGUUCGCAACUAGGUUGGUUGAGAGUCUCAGAAGUGAGUUAUUAGCCAAUCUGAUUGGGUGUUGCUGCGAAGGAGAUGAGAGGUUGCUCGUGGCCAAGUUUAUGCCCCAUGAAACUCUCGCUAAGCAUCUUUUUCACUGGGGUGCUCAACCAAUGAAAUGGGCCAUGAGAUUGAGGGUGGCUUUGCAUCUGGCACAAGCUCUGGAGUACUAUAGCAGCAAAGGACGUGCAUUGUAUCACGAUCUCAAUGCCUACAGGGUUUUAUUUGAUCAGGAUGGCAUUCCCAGACUAUCCUGCUUUGGCCUCACGAAGAAUAGCAGGGAUGGCAAGAGUUAUAGUACAAACUUAGCAUUCACUCCUCUAGAGUACCUGAGAACUGAUAUUUUGACACCAGAAAGUGUGGUUUACAGCUUUGGAACGUUGUUGCCGGAUCUUCUGAGUGGAAAACAUAUACCCCCUAGUCAUGCACUUGAUCUAAUUCGUCGCAAGAAUUUUCUAAUGCUUAUGGAUUCUGCUCUAGAGGGUUCAAGGUAUUUGAACUUUCUUACAUGGGAAGUGGGAAAUGUUGGCGAAGCUAUCAGGGAAGAUGGGCUCAACUUCGAUUUGGACGAGGCUAUUUUGCAGAUUGAUAUGAGGAGUUGGUUCGUAGUAAUUAGUUGGAGGAUGCUAAUGGGGUCCUCUUGUGGGGUGCCAAAGGUACGUGGCUUGAGAGCUAUUGAUGAGGUCUAUGACCUUUUAAUUGUUGAAGAUUGCGAAAUGGGUAUUGGUUUCUAUUGA